GAGCCUGUGAACGUGGGGACGUCGGCGGUGGGUUUGCCGCUGGAGUGCGAAUUGUUUGACAGGGAGCCGAGGCGACUUGUGCCGAGAGGGGGGCGGCGGCGGCGAUGAAGAGAGAAGUUAGUUGUCGGCUUUCCGCCUGAACGAGCGUCUCUUUUUCGGACCGGUAGUUUUUCAAGCGAGGCAACCGGCGCGGCGCCAGCAGAUGAUUCGUAGUAGCCCGAGCAACAGGGCGACCGCUCCAGCCUUCCGCGGAGUAGAAGGCGGCAACCGCAACGCGGAAAAAUAAUUCCAGGUGGGGGGGUAGAGAGGGGGGAGAGAGAGAGAGAGAGAGAGAGAGAGAGGGGGGAGAGAGAGAAUGCGAAUGGUGACAGGAUGCCGAAAUCAAACAAAAUGGAAACGAUGUAGCGCCGCUGCGACGUUUCGCGUAGCUAGAACUAAGGGUAGAGUAGAGAGCGGGUAGCUAAGGGGCUAGCAGGGCGAACUAACGCCAUACAUGUGAAGUUAUCCCCGCGAAAGAAGCCCGGCCGGGAGAGAGACACCGACACAGAGAGAGAGAGAGAGAGAGAGAGAGAGAGAGAGAGAGAGAGAGAGUUCACCAGCGUUGCGAAAUCAAGGAACAGGACGCAGAGGAAGAUGCUACGGAGAAGACUGAACCGCUUGCUCGGCGGCGAUGAGAGAAGAGUAGACAGUAGGACUAUCUAUGUCGGUCAUCGGUCAUCUUCCCCUGGUGAGCCUAUCAUCAAGUUCUGCGAUAACAGGAUCGUGUCUUCCAAGUAUACGGUUUGGAACUUUCUACCAAAGAACCUCUUUGAGCAGUUUAGAAGAAUCGCCAAUUUCUACUUCCUUAUCAUUUUCCUGGUGCAGGUGAUAGUGGACACCCCCACCAGCCCAGUCACCAGCGGCCUGCCCCUAUUUUUUGUGAUCACAGUAACCGCCAUCAAGCAGGGCUAUGAGGACUGGCUGCGGCACAAGGCGGACAAUGAGGUGAACAAGUACCCAGUGACGGUGCUGGAGCAAGGCGAGAGGACACGAAAGGAUAGUGAGAAGAUCAAGGUUGGAGAUGUUGUGGAGGUGGAGGAAGAUGAGACCUUUCCCUGUGAUUUAAUACUGCUGCAGUCCAGCCGUGAUGACGGCACGUGUUACGUAACCACAGCGAGUCUGGAUGGGGAGUCCAACCAUAAAACACAUUACACAGUGUCCGACACAGAGAAGGAUCUGGAAACUCUCAACGCCACCAUCGAGUGUGAACAGCCACAGCCUGACCUUUACAAGUUUGUUGGCCGAAUGCACAUCUACAAAAAUGACCAGGAGCCGGUUGUGAGGUCUUUGGGCCCAGAAAACCUGCUGCUGAAAGGGGCGACUUUAAAGAACACUCAGAGAAUUUAUGGUGUUGCCCUUUACACUGGCAUGGAGACAAAGAUGGCUCUCAACUACCAGGGAAAGUCUCAGAAACGCUCUGCUGUGGAAAAGUCAAUCAAUGCCUUCCUUCUGGUUUACCUUUGCAUAUUGGUGAGCAAGGCCCUAGUGUGCACCAUACUUAAGUAUGUGUGGCAGAGCAGGCCUGGACAGGAUGAGCCGUGGUACAACGAGAAAACCCAGCGAGACAAGGAAACCAAUCUGUACCUAAAGAUGUUCACCGACUUCUUGUCGUUCAUGGUGCUUUUCAACUUCAUCAUUCCCGUAUCCAUGUAUGUGACGGUUGAGAUGCAAAAGUUUUUGGGAUCCUUUUUCAUCACAUGGGACAAAGACUUCUUCGAUCCAGAAAUCAAGGAGGGAGCACUGGUCAACACUUCCGACCUCAAUGAGGAGCUGGGACAGGUGGAGUACGUCUUUACAGACAAGACGGGAACCCUCACUCAGAACAACAUGGAGUUCAUAGAGUGCUGCAUCGAUGGCUUCCAGUACAAGUACCGGGACGCCAGCUCGGAGUUGGACGGAUUCUGUGUCGCAGAUGGACCUGUGAACAAAGUGCAGGAGAAAGCUGGCAGGGCGAAGGAGGAGCUGUUUCUGCGGGCCCUGUGUCUGUGCCACACAGUACAGGUGAAGGAGCCCACAGAGCAGGGCCCAGUGGACGGACUGAUGGAUCAGGUGGAUGCCGGUGUGCCCCAUCCACCGCAGGAGCAGAGAGGCUUCAUCGCCUCCUCACCUGAUGAGGUUGCUCUAGUCAAGGGUGCCAUGAGGUAUGGCUUCACAUUUCUAGGUCUGGAAAGUAGAAACAUGAAAAUUCUCAACAGGAAUAAUGAUGUCGAAAUGUAUGAACUGCUUCACGUGUUGACCUUUGACCCCGUGAGAAGGCGAAUGAGUGUAAUAGUCAGAUCCAAUUCAGGUGACACAUUGCUCUUCUGCAAGGGAGCCGACUCCUCCAUCUUCCCUCGCGUCAGACAGGAGGAGGUUGAAAGGAUACGCAUGCAUGUGGAGCGCAAUGCCACAGAGGGCUACCGGACGCUGUGCGUGGCCUACAAAUAUCUCAGUGCAGAAGAGUUUGCCCAGGCAGAUGCAGGACUGAUGGAAGCCAGACUGGCUCUGCAGAACAGAGAAGAGAAGCUCUUGGCCGUUUACAACCAAGUGGAGACGGACAUGAGUCUAAUAGGAGCUACGGCUGUAGAAGAUCGGCUUCAAGAGGAGGCGGCAGAGACCAUGGAGGCUCUGCAGGGUGCAGGCAUUAAGGUCUGGGUCCUAACGGGGGACAAGAUGGAGACUGCAAAGUCCACGUGCUAUGCUUGUCGAUUGUUCCAGAGAAGUACUGAGCUGUUGGAACUUACUGUGCGUACUCUGGAGGAUGGAGGGAGGAAGCGGGAGGAACGACUGCAUGAGCUCUUGCUCGAAUACCACAAGAAAGCUGUCCAGGAUGCACCACCGUUGAAGGGAGGCAUCACCAGGACCUGGUCGUCAGAAACCCAGGACUACGGUUUCAUCAUAGACGGAGCCACGCUAUCGAUGGUGCUCAACUCCUCCUCGGAAUCCAACUCGAGUCGCUACAAGAGCCUGUUCCUGCAGAUCUGUCAAAACUGCACGUCUGUGCUCUGCUGCCGCAUGGCCCCUCUGCAGAAGGCCCAGAUUGUUAAGAUGGUGAAGAACUCUAAAGGCAACCCCAUCACUCUUUCCAUUGGAGAUGGGGCCAAUGACGUCAGCAUGAUUUUGGAAGCUCAUGUUGGCAUUGGUAUCAAGGGGAAAGAGGGUCGUCAGGCAGUGAGGAACAGCGACUACGCCAUUCCCAAACUCAAGCACCUCAAGAAACUUUUGUUGGCUCAUGGGCAUCUCUACUAUGUACGCAUUGCACACCUGGUGCAAUAUUUCUUUUACAAGAACCUUUGCUUCAUCUUACCUCAGUUUUUGUACCAGUUCUUCUGUGGCUAUUCCCAGCAACCCCUGUAUGACGCGGCCUAUCUGACGAUGUACAACAUCUGCUUCACCUCUAUGCCCAUCCUGGCUUACAGUCUCCUGGAGCAGCACAUCUGCAUUGAGGUUCUGCUGGACAACGCUGCCCUCUACAGAGAGAUAGCUAAGAAUGGCAUGCUGCGGUGGAGACCGUUCCUCUACUGGACUUUACUGGGAGUGUUCCACGGCUUGCUCUUCUUCUUUGGUGUCCGGUAUUUGUUCAGUAACCCGGCACUGCAGGAUAAUGGCCAGGUUUUUGGCAACUGGUCCUAUGGAACAAUUGUCUUCACCAUUCUUGUCUUCACAGUCACACUGAAGCUUGCGUUGGACACCCGGCACUGGACAUGGAUCAACCACUUUGUAAUCUGGGGCUCCCUGCUUUUCUACGUCUUUUUCAGCUUCUUCUGGGGAGGAAUAAUAUGGCCCUUCCUCAAGCAGCAACGGUUGUACUUUGUGUUCGCCAACAUGCUGAGCUCCGUGUCGGCCUGGCUGGUCAUCAUCUUGCUCAUCCUGCUCAGCCUACUGCCAGAGAUCCUGCUGGUGGUAUUCCGCAAGCCACGCGGGCCCAACUCUCGACAGAAGAAGCCGGUUGAGUCGAACGCGGGAGGCCACCAGUCUCCCCGGUCUACAGCGCAGCCCCUGCUCAUGAAAACCUUUUCAGAUGAGUCCAAUACUGUCAUUUAAACAGCAUUCAAAGGACGUUCUCCUACAAACAUCCAGACCGCAGCUGUUACACCACUAUCCUAUAAGCACCUGAAGGCGGGCCAGUGAAGGGCAGCGGUCCACGCAGGCCUGCUGUCAUGUCCGGUCUUAAAAGAAGAAGAAGAAGAAGAAGAAAAGGGGGAAAAUGAGAAGAAAAAGCAAUGUGCUAACUGGGGGAAGGGAUGCAAAGGGGGUUUAGCAGUCUUUUGACCUGCGUCUCUCGCUGCCCAAAGCCAACAGCUUCGGACCCUCCAGCGCAUGCCCGCAGCACAGCGCCCUGCAUUAUUCAACAGGAGUAUCCACUCCGAUGACAAGCAUGAGUUUUCUUUCUUCUGUUUAUUUUUUUUUAUUUUUUUUAUAUCUACUAGCAUACAAAUGAAUGCAUACACGGCUGCCUUGUCAGUAGCUCUAUUCUACUGCUGUGUUUUAACAAGCAGUUGGAGUAAUGUCCACUCAGAGCAACGCUUCACUCCACUAGUAAAGUCACUGUGUUCCCUCCAGAGGUUCCACUCUAAAUGGUUGUUUUACUUUAUGCCUAUUGUGUUUUUCAAACGGCUGCUCUUUAAAUGGUUCUAUAUUUCAGUACUUGCACUCAUGUACGGGUCUAAAUGCUGUCUGGGAAAAAAACGUAUUUCAGACUGUCUAUAGAGAAUUAUUUGUUUCUGAUGAUAAAUCUGCGUUCUCCUUUUGAACGCCGAGCUAUCAGAGGAGCUAACGGAGGCCAUAUUCCCCACUCGAUCCAAAGCUUUUGUGUGCGUAUGCAAGAUUGAGCGAUAGAUUAGAGAUGUUGAGCAAUAAGACGUUGCUCGGAGCGAGACCUGAUUCUCCCAACCUCAGAGAUAAUUUAAAAGUCAAUUUAAGAUGAGAGUAUUAAUAUAUGCGCUGUUCUUUCUUUCUUUAGCUUAGAUAUGUAUGAGAGCAUCUGCUCAAAGCCAAAAAGAUUCUUUCCACACUAGUGUGACCAGAAAGUGAGAGGGGCGCGCGUGUGUGUGUGUGUGUGUGUGUCGAGAAAAAAAUCACUUGAACCUAAUGGAUGUGGUUUGCGUCCAAAUGUUCUGCACUAUUCAGAAAGCUGGUUCCCUCAUUGCUUGGAUGGUUACGAAGUCACACAAACGCACACACAUCUCACACAACACGUGCACACUAACGCGUACCUGCACUAAAGCCUGAAUGAGGUGUAUGUGUUCAUUAUCUAGUUUGGCACCAUUUAUCUCAGGCUGGAGUGUAAUGAAAAUCCCCUCCAGGCCUGCUGAGUCUGUUUGCAGCACUCUGCUCUCCCUCCGUCUCUCCGUGGUCUCGUUUUGUGACCGAGGGGACGACGCAGUGGACCCUUUUGUUCCUUUAACUUCUUGUGUGCUUCAUACAUUCCAUUUAAACACGCCAUGAUUUCCAACUCUUUUAAAUACGGUUUCUGAAUAUACUCGUUUUGUUAUUUCCACAAACCCGUUCUGUGUAUUUUGACAUAUUUAUUGUGUACUUUUACUCACAAAUGUUAUACUUUUAUUACAUAGGUUUUUUUUUUGUUUGUAUAGUGAAGCUUGGUCAGCUUUGUGCAAGUUGACUGUGCGUGUUACUCCAGCCCUGAUGUGAGCCGGUGCCAAAAUCCCCUUUGGUAGUCUUUGUCAUACGUGCAAAGACGGGCAGCCCCCCCCCCCCAACACACACUCCGGUGUCCCACCACUGAACCAGUGGCCGUCCUUUUACCAGGUUUCGCAGCUCGUAGGUUCAAACCCACGAGCCUGACACAUCAACAAAAUUGCCGAGCCUUUCGGCGUGUUUCUUUUUUAACGUCGGGGUUAUGACAAAGGCUGCUCCUUACGCCAGACUUUGCUUUAUCGGAGACAUCGGACGUAAGAGCAGAGGACACACUGGGGCUGUCUGCUUUGUUACACAUUAUUACAACCUUAUGAAACCUUUAAGCAACAUCAGAGAUGCUAUUUUCGGAGCUCAGAAAUAUCUUCUAAAUAUCUAAUGUAUUGCCUGUCUAAAUGAAAAGUAUAAAAAGAACGGAUUGUAUUUUUAAUGCAACCUUUUUCCAGCCACUUUUGUAAUAAAAUGAAAACGUCCCAAAAAACCCCCCCGAGAAAUACAAAGAAGCACGAGUGGCUCUGUGGUUGUGGACGCCGUCCCUGUCUGAGGUCCGGGUGUGGACAUCUUCAGGAACCUCAGCAGCCCUGCGUGACGCGGCAGGGACACCUCGGCCCCUUCGGGCCUCCUGCCUCGACCCUCCAGACCUCCACGCUGAAUGUACCUCUUUGAAACUCGGGUGUUCAAAACCCAAAGUUUGUCUGAAAUAAAGCAGAAUGUUUUGAAGUUAA